CUCUUCCUCUCUCUCUCUCUCUUCAAUCCUACACUCGUCCUCUCCCUUUUCUUCUUUCCUCUCGCUCACGCUCUCUCAUUUCGUUUGCUUCUCUUCCUUUCCUUCUUAAUAUCUGUUCAUCGUUUUCCGCUUCCCUUUCCAGUCUUUUUCCAUAUUCUCUCUUGCAAUCAUGGCAUCGCCAUCCACCAACGAAGUCCUUUUUGUCAUUAUCAUUGUGGUUGCCUUCUUUAUCCUUCUUGGAACUUGCGUCUUCUGCGUGUACCGAGCGACCGCCCCGACGAAGCGACAACGUGAAGCUAUCGAACAACACCAAGCGUCACUGCAGGCACAGCAAAUCCAGUACAUUACCGCUUCACAACUCGAAUCGCUCAGACCACCCGAGUUGGCCAAGCAACUUUACGGUGAAAAGCAGGAAAUCUUCAACGACAACAAACGCCGAUCCAUCCUCAACAAGUUCUUUUCUCCUCAUCAACAACAGCAAGGCAACGGUAUGAUCAGACCCAGCUCUGUCCGUGAGCCAUCCUUCCGUCCAAUGCAACAACCUCCUUCAAUCAUUAUUGACGAUGCUGUAGCAAUCCGAGAUGCUGAAAUUGCCGCUCUUGCUCAAUCCCAUCCCCCACCUGCGUACGGCGACAAUCGCUCGUCUAUUCCUGUACGUUUCGACCAGCAGCCAUCCUAUUCAGAGAAGCAUUGAAGAAACUACGAGAAGAUAAAGUAGUAGUAGUAGCUAGAAGCUCUUUGCUUGGUUUUACUACCUCUUCUCUUCGCCAGACCGUUUUCACUGUCUGGUUCUUUUUUUCUUGCUUCUUGUUGUUGUAAUUAGAUUCUACUCCUUCUUACCAUUAUUACAUAUAUAAAGCAUAUUUUCGGUAUUACCUAA